AUGAUUGAUAACUACAAAGAUUGGCAUGAACAAUUGCCUUAUGCAUUGCUGGGAUACCGUACUAUGGCCAGGACCUCAACUGGAGCCACUCCAUACUUGUUGGUGUAUGGCACCGAAGCGGUGAUACUAGCUGAAGUAGAAAUCCCUUCACUUCGGAUAAUACAAGAAGCUGAGUUGGACGAUGCGGAGUGGAUCCGUAAAAGGGUCAACUAUACCGGCAAAAGAAUGGCGCGUGCUUUCAACAAGCGUGUGAGAACUAGGGUGUUUCAAAUUGGGCAAUUGGUACUCAAACGAAUAUUCCCUAAUCACAAAGAAUACAAAGGGAAGUUUGCACCAAACUGGCAAGGGCCCUAUAUGGUACGAAAAGUGCUAUCAAGAGGAGCCGUAGUGCUUGCUGAAAUGGAUGGUCAAGAGUGGCCAAAAGCGAUAAAUUCAGAUGCCAUCAAAAGAUACUACGUGUGA